CCAACACUGUAAACUGACAUAAACAAAAGUACUAAACAAACUAAACCAAUGUGUCUGCAGUGGUGUUUUUCUGGACACCUGCAGCUGCUCACACUGGACUCAAACCAAAUGAAGUGAAAUGAAGCAAAGUCCACAGACAAACAAACAAAAGACAAAGGAAAAAGAGCAGGACACUGAGAGGAGACGUCAGUGUAAGAUUCACAAACAAGUCGCUCAGUCAUUUCUGCAAAGGGAAAUAAUCAAAUAGAUGUUUUAGUUUGUAGAUGAAGGUUUGGACAUGGACAGAAUUAAACUGAACUUUACACCAAACUGGAAACAGGACGUGUGUUUGUGGAACGUGGAAAAAGAAAUUUAAUGAAGAAAAGCAGCAGUGAUUUUAUUCACUUUUACAACUGUAUCUAAGCAACGGUGCAUUGUGUUUGUCUGACUUGGUUUUUUUUCCAUGGAGAUUUUGUUGCUUUGCCUGAAAUGUUCCACAGUGGCAUUAAACUGAUCUGUCUCCUGUUUAUUCCAGUACAGACGCUGUUGUUUUUUAUUGCUUGAAAAACAUAAGCAGGGUUGUUUAAUGCAAGACUGUGGAGCAUUGUGGACAAAGCAACAGCAUCUCCAUGGAGACGAGGAGGGAAGAGAAAAGUUACACAGUGCAGCUUUAAGUCUUUGUUGUUUUUUAAGGCUGUAAAUGGUGUAGUUCUUCUAUAAAGUGUGACUGAAACACCUGAGGACACAGGCAAAGUUUAUGAAAUAUUUCAACAGUUACACAUUUUUAUACAGUUUUAUCUCCAGACGUUGCAGAUUUGCAACAGCUAAAUUCCAAUGACCUACUUACUUCACAUCCAUAUUUUAUGAGCUUUUUUUACUCAGGAGCCUUUUCUCCCAUCCAGGCUGAUAAACGUGGGUGAUGCAGACUGAGCAAGAACGACUCCACACAAACGACCAGAAGUGUAAAAUACUUUUUUUGUUUACAAAGGAUAAAAAAGUCAGGAUUGUUUAUUAUUACCCCAUAUUAUAAUCUUCCCCAAAUAUCAGAUUUUUCCUGAUGCUAAAAAUGUAUUUGAGCCUGAGAGGGUUAAAAAAUAAAAACAUGAGUUUAUUUUGGGAUGGUCCAUAUUUAUUUCUAAGAACGUUUCACAAGUUUUAGCAGAUAAAAACUUGAGUGUCACUAGCGCCGAAUAACCACAAACCUGAGCCUCUUUCAGGAUUCUAAUGAAUAAAAUGAUUUAUAAUUCAACUUUAUUGUCACUGUUCUGUCAGUCUGUAUCUGAAGUCCACAGGAUCUGGGCUCAGUCGUUCUUCACAACCACCAACACCUUCACUGUGCACCUCAAACCACCAUGAGACAAUGAACCUCAACAUGGAUCUAUUAUAGUUCUGUGGAACAGAUGAGACGUCACCAAACAAGGUGUGUGUCAGGUGCUGGGACCAGAACACCUGAUGAUUGUUUGAAACUCAUUUUGUAUUUUAACUUUAUCUCUAAGUAUGUUCUAAUAUGUUUAUUUUCAGGGUGUAAAGUCACUAACAGUAAAUAUUUAAACUGACCUGAACUGAGGCCGAUGUAGAUGUUUGAUGUGUCCAGCAGAGGGCGUCACCUCCAACAAUCUAAGUGAAGUAGAAGAAUAAUAACGGUGCUCUACUCUGUCAGGUACAAGGAAAUAAAAGUUUGUCUGUUUAAUUGGCCAAAUUAUAGCAGGACAACGAUCUCAAACAACAGGACACGCGUCCAUGAAGUUUAGUAUUUUUAUAAAAUGUUUCCAUCUGCUCCUCUGCUGUUUCUAGGGACCUUGUUUUUAUCAUUUUUAUCACAUUGUGCGUUUGGAGGUGAUGCAGAAGUGUCCUGUGUUCUUCUGGAGACCUGUGUUCUGCCCUGCAGCUUUGAGUCUGGACCAGAACCUGUGAUUAACUGGAUAAAGAUCCCAGAAGAUCUUGGAGUCCACAGUUACUAUUAUGGCCAGAACCAGAACCAGAACCAGAACUUUACAGACCGGACCUCUCUGUUUGAGGAGGAACUGUCCACAGGAAACGCAUCACUGCGACUCUCAGGGGUCAAAGUUCAGGAUGAAGGAAAAUACGAGUGUGUCACCAGCACAUUGACCACAGUCACCAGAGGAAAAUAUGUCACUGUGAGAGUGGAAGUGAAGCGUCUCUCUGUAGCUCCAGCUCCAGUGUCUCUGCAGCAGCAGGGGCAGGAGCUCCUCUGUAGAUCUGAGGGAGUCUACCCCAAACCCUCAGUGUCCUGGAGCCCUCCCUCCUCUGCAGCUCUUACCACGGUGACCCCCUCAGAGGGCGGAGUGUGGUCUGUGCACAGCUCUGUGUCUCUGCCUCACAGCCCUCCACAUCAAUACAGCUGUAAUGUGAGCAACAGCAGGGGCAGCUGGAGGAGCGCCACCUACAGGAGGAACAGUGUCAUUUAUUAUCACAGAGAUUUUUCAGAUUAUGUGAUAAUCUCCUGCACUGAACCCUCUGCUCCAGUGAAGAGUCUCAUUUGGAGGUUCAACCAGAAUCAGAUCAUUCUGAGUCGGUCUGGACCAGAGUCGGUCUACACUGAGUCCUGGAGACAGUUUGUUGUUGGAGUCACAGAGUCCAACAGUCUGAUCCUGAAGGAUCUGACCAAAGAGCAGCUGGGCCUGUUCUCCUGUGAACUCAAGACUGAACAGGAGAACUUUAUUAUCCUCACUGAAGUCUGAGUAAGUGUGAGCAGUGACUCCUGGUUUCAUCUGAACACAGAGAAUUCAAACACUCUUUUCUUUCUGCAGGAAAACACUCAGAUGUGUGGAUAAUUAUAGUUCUUUUUAGUGUAUGUAAUUUUCCUGAUGAUCAUCAUUGUUCUCUUCUGUUGGAUAUGUCUCCAGGUGAGUAGAUGUAGAGUCAGAUCCAGUUUGUUUGUGUUGUUCUGUCAGGACCAGAGCAGUUGAACCCUGGCGUUCUCUUUGAAAAGCAUCUGGAGCCUCGUCACAGAAAAUCACCUUCAAGUUUGUGAAGGACCAAUCACAGUCAUUUAUCUGCAACAUGUGAGCUGCUGUAAACGCAGGAACAAGCCUCCUCAGAUAUCUCUGUUUCAUGGAGUGAGACUUUAGAACACCUUAUUGUCUUAUUAAGGCCUUAUGAACCUGGUGUUCCUGUUUCUUUGUCUCCUGAUGAUCUGAAGCUCUGUCUGUGGCUCAGUUCUCUGUGUCAUUUUUCAGACAUUUUAAAAUCACUUCAGUCUCAUCCAACAAAAGCAUCAAAACAAACGUUACACUUUUGUACAGCGGGAGAGUGUGGAUGGACUAGUUUCAUUGGUCUGUCAGGAGUUGCUUUGAUGGAUGAGAAGAGCGUAAACAGUCCAGUCUUACAUGUUCAUGUUUUUGUGACCUGAGGAAGGCCACAGGAAGCAGCUGAAACAUGUGAGGCAGGUGCACACACGGUUUAAAGCUGAAGACAGAAUGAAGCUUUACCAAAGCUCAUAACCCUGUAGCUCCGACUCAAAGAGCUUCUGAAAAACACGGGAUUCUUGGAUGAGUUUAAAGUUCAGAUUUCAGUCUCUGAUGUGAAUGCUCCUGGACUCAGUCUUCACUUUUAAACAGAAACUGCAUGUAGCGCCCACUCCGCCCACUGUGUGGCGCUAUGUCUCUGUGGGCUCUUCUUAUAUGUUCCUGACACAAAUCCAAACGUGAUCUCACACUUUAUGAAAUGUGUGUCGCUCAGAGGCAGUGUCUGUGUGAAAUGUGUUAAGAACAGAUCCUUGUGUCUGUGGAACACAAACACUCACUCACACUUCUUCUUCUCUUUACAGAUGAAAAGACGAGACGACAUGAGGCUACAGAAGGUAUUUGAGUUGAACAGAAUCUUUCUAUUUUAAGAUAAACCUUUUAUAGAAAUGGGACAUGAAGAAUACAUUCAGUAUUCACCUUUUAUCUCUGUGACUGAAGACUUUUAAAAACACUAAACCAAUGAUCUCAAAGUUAAAUCACAUAAUCACAAAAAAUACAUUUUCA